AUGCACCACGCUUUGUUGGCCGCAAUCGGCCGAAGAGCAACUAUAGAUGCACAGGAUAGCCUCUCUGACUCCUUUGAAAAUCAGGGAUCCAGAGACACUUCCUCCCAUUCACCAGAGCAUUCAUCCAGUGGUUCAGGGGGAACAUCCUCUCCACCAACGCAGCUGCCUCGAACGCUGCGUCUAGACGAGGUGCUGGAACAUCUCCGAGCAGUAGAUCUUAAGCUUCGUGCUCUUCAUACCUCGAGACGCCCAUUACCGUCUCCUUCUCCACUUGCAAUCUCUUGUGGACAUGAGGUGGGUCUGGUGUAG